UGGCGUAUCGCUAGCCCUAAUUCUGUUGUUGAAGUUCACUUCUGAACUGCGCAGGCGUUGCUCUUGCCCACCGGCGCCUGACAUAUCCCGGUCGUUUCCCAGUCCGUAAGGUGGUGAGAGAUUACGGUUGACUCCGAUGAUGAGGGCCAGAGCUGCCAAGAACUCUUUCUGGCUCGCUCGAAGGUCUCUCGGGUCGAAGCUCGUCGAGGAUGCUCCAGUUCCCACGUUGGGGGAAUCCUCUCGCUGGUCGGCGUCUGGAAAUCACUGUUCCUCUAGGAGUUUUUUCGAUGGUAGGUCCAGAGCAGUGAGAUCGUUCCGUGAAGCUACGAAUGCUAGUACACGCCGGAACUUGUUCCCGAAAAGGUUUUUUCACGGAACGCAAUCACUGUCCGCAAGGGAUUAUUAUGAUGUCAUUGGUGUUAGUCAGAAUGCAAGUGCUGCAGAUAUCAAGAAGGCCUACUAUGCGCUUGCUAAGAAACUUCAUCCUGACACCAACAAGGAUGAUGCUAAUGCAGAAAGGAAGUUCCAAGAAGUUCAGCGUGCAUAUGAGGUAUUGAAAGACGAAGACAAACGGAGACUAUAUGAUCAGGUUGGUCCUGAUGCAUAUGAACAAGCUGCUUCAGGCAGUGGACCUGAUGGACCUGGUCCAUUUGGUACAGGAUUUGCAAAUCCAUUUGGUUUUGGCAUGGAAGAUCUGUUCAAAGACAUUUUUGGAAACAGAGAUUAUGGAGGAGCAGAUAUGAAGGUUUCUCUUGAAAUAUCAUUUAUGGAAGCAGUUCUAGGGUGCAAAAAAACAGUUGUAUUUCAAGCUCCUGUAAAUUGCGAAUCUUGUGGUGGGUCUGGGGUCCCUCCUGGAACCAGACCAGAGACAUGUAAGCCUUGCAAAGGCUCAGGAAUGGUUGUCUCACAAAAUGGCCCCUUCAUGCUUCAGACAACAUGUUCCAGUUGUGGGGGAUCUGGAAAAACUGUAAAGAGCCUGUGUAAGAUGUGCAAAGGAAAUAGAGUUGUGAAAGGAACAAAAUCAGUCAAGGUGGAUGUGAUGGCUGGUGUGGAUGAUAAUGAAACUAUAAAAAUGUAUAGAAGUGGUGGGGCGGAUCCUGAGAGCAAUCAACCUGGUGACCUUUAUGUUACUAUCAAGGUUCGGGAGGAUCCUGUCUUCCGCAGGAACAAAGCUAAUAUUCAUGUGGAUGCUGCCAUAAGUGUCACUCAGGCAAUACUAGGAGGUACCAUUCAAGUGCCAACUCUCACAGGAGACGUAGUCGUAAAGGUUAGGCCUGGUACUCAGCCUGGUCAGAAGGUCGUCUUAAAGGGGAAAGGAUUGAAAACAAGGAAUGGAUCUUCCUACGGUGACCAAUGUGUGCAUUUUAAUGUCACAAUUCCGGCGAACCUAACACAGAAACAGCGUAAGCUGAUUGAGGAGUUUGCAAAAGAGGAGCAACGUGAUUAUGAAAAGGAUGAAGCUGCUCCUGCUAGAGCGUCUGGAUAACUUACCAAUCAUUCAUGGAAUUAUUUCGGCUUAAACAAGGUAAUCUUUUUUUACGUGCCAUGUAGGUUUGGGCGACUUUUCCAAUUUUGUCGUCGCCUAAUUUAAAUGGAUUUGUAAUUGUACCAGUGUGUUCGCUGGUAUAAAACAGGAUCACUAUUCUGAAUUAGAUAUUUAUGUUUCUUUUCGGAUCGUUUGUGUAGCAGGAUAGAAUUUCUGGUUUGUGAAAAGCAAUAUAUACAUAUUAUAUAGGUCGGAAUAGUCAAAUCUUUUGUUCGCA